UUAAACAACAAACAAACAAAUACUCGCCUGUUCGACGUCUCCUUAUGUUAAGAUCUUCAAAGCUGCAGCAAGUAGGACAUUGUGGUUGCUGUGUCAAUAUGCUUCAUAAAUCUGUAUCAUAUUUUGUAUUAUGAGUACCACUCGGGUGGGCCAGGCACGGGUCGUCUACAGAAGGGAGGUAACUGUGUAAGUCACAUUCAUAGGGGGUAUCCGACACCUGACCUUGACAACACCUGAAAGAAACAGCUCCUCACAGCAUAAACUAGGUCAGCUAAGAAAGGCGUAUUAUAUCCCGAAGACGCAGGGUCAUACUAUAUCCGGGUCUAUUCCUAACACUCCAUACGCCUCUCUCGGGUAUUCCCAGUCUCGGGUAAUUGUUCAGCUGAAUAACUGCGAUUGGCUCAGUCUUGUAUCUCUCUCUAUCGUCACCUCAGGUGACGUAUAUGUACAUGUAGUGCAGAUAUUUAUUCUUACAUCAGAUGUUACAUCUACUGUACAUGUGCGGUCUAUUUGGAGAAGGGGACAGUUGAAUGACAUGAAUACUUACUGACACAUAGAAGCGCUACAAGUUGAAAGGCGAAUCUACAAGGGCCGUGGCUUCGCAUUUCUGUCAGGCCUGGUAAAUGUAUGUAUGAAUCUGAUACACCGUGGUGGACAGACAUAUCUGUUUAUUGAAGGAGCCUUGUGUCUCGUGACGACAACAGUGUGAAUACAGAUGAUUCUACUACCAAGAUGUCGGACGCUCGCGUACAUAUAGUCACAUGCUUGAAUGUUGACUGUGAAAUACAGUAUGCUCGUAUGUGUGAGGAUCUGGAGACCCGGGGGGUCGUGUGUGUCAUGGAAGGGAGGGGGGAUUAUGGCAUCGGAUCUACUUUUGUGAAGAGGUUCAAGGAAAUGGUGGACAGCACCCUUGUGACAAUAAUACACCUGUGCCCUGACAUGAUCAACCGCCUAUCGAGUUUAACUGACGUUCUCCGAGAUCACCAAACUCAGAAAUAUUUAUUCAUACACGUCAAAUGUACGCCGAAAGAAGUUCCGGAGGUUUACAAAGAAGUUACAAAGAUGCUCUUAGUGAAUGAUUCAUACUAUAACAAGAUCAUUGACAAGGUUGUGGAGAUUGCCCAACAGCCUCCUAGCUGUGUGUCGUCUGCUACUGAACUGGCCCACACGUCUGCUUCAGAUUUGUCGUCUGCUACAAGGGAGGAGAAUGGUUAUGAUUCUGACUCUGGUAUUAGUUCUUAUUCCAACCCACCGCUUGGAGAGCCUGACGUCUUUGUCAGUCAUGUAGAAAAUCAGCAGUGUAGAGACACCGGGGUUUACUUUCUGUCUAGCAAGAUACAGUACAAGCCUCACCAUCUCCUGAAAUGGUCAUCCAAAGUUGAACUUCGAGAGAUGUGCCGCAAGACUAGACUUUAUGACAGUAGCAACAGAUCAAACACAGUUCGCUGUCUUCUGACCAAAGUCCUUCCAGAAAUCUUUGCAAAGAAGGAUAUAUCUGCAAUAGUGGAACUUCUGGCAGUUCCAGUUCCUGUGAUACAGAAUAAAGUUUUAACUAAACUCGGGGACAUCUUACUUUCAACUAAACACGACACUAUUGAUCGGGGUGAUCUGAAGUCAGCUGAAAAGGCUUUGUUUGAACGCUGUCUGACAGAGACUGAUGUUAUAGAUCCCGUGUUCCUGCAUAAUUUGAUUUCCACGUACCUUCUGACUCUCACCUAUUUGGCGGUGUCCCAAGAAUCUCGUCAUUCAUCCUUGGAUUCCACGAUCAAACGGGUAAAGCAAUACAUUUCACAGCCAAGCUCAGGAAACGAGGUUCCUCUGAGUGACAUCAGUGUGUUUGUCGAUGACAUACAAAAACGUAUUGAUGACGUCACCAAAGCAGUCACAGCAUGUGGAACGAAUUGGAAGCAACUUUGGUCCGUGAAGAAGAAAUCCUGGCCUGUUCAUUUCUCUAUGGUCUUGGGGACACUUAUGGAGGUGUUUCAUGGCGACCCCCAGACUGCCCUCGUGGCCUUAGACACACUCCCAGCACUACUGAAGCCAGGGAAACUCAGAGUUCGAAACGUGUUAAAGAAACCAAAACCACAAAAGAGAGUUGUACAGUUGGUCACUACUGGGAUGGUUGCUUACCUGAAUGCCUUAGGAGAUGCAGUAGGUGAGGAUAUAGAAGAUCGUGCAAAGGCUGCUUUCACAGCUCUUGGAUUGUCACUGAAGGACUUGGACAGAAGCAUAUAUGUCAUGACAAGAUGUUUAUUGUUUUCGCAAAGCCCUGUGAUCAGACAGGGUGCUGUAUCCCUGUGGAAAGAUGCCAACGCUGAAACAACACACAGUUUGAUGGUGACAGAGGUUCUGACACAUCUACAUCCAAUCAGCAUCAACCGCCUGCACAAGCAACCAACCAACCAUUCUACAAGCAGCACAAGCUGGAAAGUAGCUUCAACUCAAAUUGGAUCAGAAAAAAUCAUGAUACACGUCAAUUUACCAACAGAGGACGUCCUUGUGGAACAUAGCAGAAGUCCAUCCAAAUCGUCGGAUUGUGGUCACCUCACUACAGUCGAGAUUCUGAGAGUUCUUUCUACACAUAAGAGUAUCCUGUCUAUGUGGGCGUACAGAAUCGACCAGUUCCCUGUUUUCUACAUCACUGAGGAUUACAGCCAACAGAACUUCCAGAAGGUGCUAUAUUACAGUGCCAAGAACAAGGACUGGUUUAAACCUCUUCAGCUCAUGCAGUUCCUGAUACAAGCUCUGGAAGCAGUUAUCGCCCUUCAUGAACAUGGCACAAUACACAGAGAUCUUACUGCUGCAAGUUUCGCAUAUAACAAACAGAGCAAAUCUGUCAAGCUGUGUCGCUUCAUGUUGUCUCGAAAAUGUGGACGAGACGAAACUCUUGUUGACAGAGAAUGUUCAACCAUUCCCACGAGAUGGUCUUCCCCAGAGUCCCUCAAGAAACACCAUUUCUCUAUGCGGUCUGAUUAUUGGAUGGUUGGGCAUCUCAUCUAUGAAGUCAUCACACACGGUUGCCUCCCCUACUCAGAUCUCAAAGGACAAAAUGAGUCCGCCAUUGGCAAUCUGAUAAAGGAAGACAGAAAGAAGUUGUGCCAAGAAAGGUGCAUCCCUACCUCCGUAUUUGACGCCAUCCAAUGCUGCACCCGCUAUGAUGAUACCCAUCGCCUGUCCGUGUGUGAGGCAAAGAGCAGGUUGGAGGAGACCUUCGAUCGUUACAUCAGCUGCAACGAACUACCUGAAAAGAUAACUUCCGUGACUCCAGACAUUUUGUUUCCUGGACUUGACAGAUCAUCCUAUCAGGGUCUCCCAAAAGAAGCUUCCGAAGGGGAUUAUGCAUAUGACGAGUGUGUCCAUGAGUACCAAAAUUUUGAAGAAAGUCAAACUACCUCCACAAAAGAUGAACCGUUGUACGAGGAUUUGGGCCCAAGCUACGAUGUAGAUUUUUUGCUUAAACCAAAUCAGAGAAUGGACAUACUGUGUCGUCGCCUGACGCAGACAGAAGAAUCACAAUUGAACACAGAGAACAUCCCAGGAAUUUACGGCCAUGUGGCUGUUGAGAAAAGGAAUGACACAGAAUACAUGGUGUAUGACUUCCCAACUGGAGAUUGUGUCUCACUGAGCAAUGUGAUGGAUGUUAGGAGCCUCGGCCUAUGGUCUGUGGAGUACAUUCGCUGUUUGAGUGCAGUGGCAAAGACGUUGUCUCUUCUACAUCAGCAAACCUGGGUCCAUGGUUGUCUAUGUGCAGAUAAUAUUUGGAUAGCUUAUACUGAAGAUAAAGGCAAUUACACGGUAUACUUCUCAGACCUUGGAUAUAUCCGUAUGUCACGUGACACUGAGGAUGGAAUGAUUGCCGAUGACAGUUUUGUUGUGCCACAGGAUGAACAUGUGUACAGAAGAUCGCCCCCUGAGGUAAUACGAGACGGUACCUACUCAUGGGCGAGUGACGUCUUCAGUUUUGGCCUGAUCUUGUGGAAUGGGUUCUCCAAAUUUAGCACUUACCACAAUCAAAGACAUCAAAACAUACUCGAGAGUAUUCCGAAGGAUAAGUUAUAUGAGUACCUGACCACAACAUCUGGACAUCAAAUUCUUCCCAAACCGGAAAAGUGCCCGGAUACAAUCUAUUCUCUCAUGCUCCUCUGCUGGAGCCCAGAACGACAUGAAAGGCCACGGAUGACAGUUGUUCAACAGAAAUUACUGGAACAUAUAAGCGAUGAAGUCCGUCCCGACAGAAAUCCAGAUAUGUAUGAUACUGUAGAUACUGAGGGACAAUCAAGUGAAGACGACCCGUAUGCUUAUCCUGAUCCUGCAGACACCAUACUGUCAGAUGACUAUGAUAGUGUGGAAGGGUCUUCCUUACAAUGUGAUGGGCCACGCUCGUCCUUUACGUCAUCUACACUUGUCGGUGGCGGCACCGGUGUGUCGGUUGACAAAGAAACAUUCAAAGUUCACCCGAGUCCCAGUAAACCAAGCCUUAAACCAAAACCUUUGCCAAGAAAUGAGACAAAUGGAAAAGCCUUACAAUUACAGAAGUACCUUGCGGAAUCUGGGAGUUCGUCUGAAAGCUCCGGAUCAAGAACAAAUAUAUAUGUGAACAAUGUUGAGAAGACGAAAACGAAUGAGAAACCACGUCUCCCUCCAAAGCCAAAAUAUCUGUCACGUCAUACACAAGAUGCACCCUCAAGUGAUUAUCAACUAUGUGGUGAUGCAUCUUCAAGUGAUGAUCAAAUAAAUGAUGACUGUAGGCAUCCUGUAGAUAGAAGUCUCGAAUUGUCUCCCAGAAACAGACCCGAAUCACAGCAACCGACAAACCAAACUGGUCUGAAGCCAAGCACUGUGCCACAACGGGUCAAUGGACCGCCUUCGCUCGACAGUCCACCACCUCUACCACAGCGUCCGCCCCCACGACGUAACAGUGAAAACUAACCGGUGAUGCAACAGUUCAGGUCGAACUGUAUGGAAAAUGAAGUAGCAACAUGAAAACUGAUUGCACUUCAUCCAAAUGGGGAGCACGGUUAACCCAGUCGUCUAAGGGCGCCGCGAUUCGUUGUGCAGUGUUGCGUCCCUUGGGCACGCCAGAAACCUAUGAUUGUGGGUUCGAAUACCGGUUCGCCCCGAUUAUGUUUCUAGGUUUG